UGUGCAACGUCACGCUCCAACAACUGGAACCAUUUUUUCUAAGAAUUAUUUACUCUUGCAUUGUGGGUUUAGUGGUAGAAGUUCAUUUCACUUCGAGUAUCAUCGAGUACGCUUCUAUUUUUCCGAACUCAACUUAACAUGGCUUGUUGUUUUGGAAAGACCGAUACGACCGAUAAGGGCGAAACUGAACCACUAAUGGGCGAUCAAAAAAAAGAGAAGAAUUCCAACCAGGACAACAAGAAGAAACCAACCAAGUCCACCAAACUAGAGUUUGCAAGACUUGAAGUGCAAGAAUUUGACAGUGUCUUCUCUGAUUUUGCUCGAACUUUGAACCCGUUCGUCACCGAUAGAGAAAAGCUUGAGCUGGCCGUUACAAAGUUCAAAACGGCCGUUGAGUCUAUUCAAGCUGUGCGACCACAAGCAAGCUUUCGAGAGUACGUCGUUGCUCUCAAAACCAAACUCAAGGAAGAAAGAAUAUUCAUCAAGAUAAAGAAUGGUGCUGUUGAAGUGUAUGGGUUGGCGGGACGAUCAAUCAAGGGAGUGGAAGAUGCCGUUAGUGCCAUCAAGACCAUUCUUGCAACAGCAGAAACUUUAAAAGGGAUGCCGGAAGUUGUGACGACAGCCAGCGGCUCAUCAAUUCAAGAUGCAGAAUCAAGUUUAGAAAACAUUGAGAACAUCAUCAAACGAGAAUUUUCUGGAAUCUUUGACAUCUGCAAAGUAGUCAGAUUUAAGAAGAACCUCAAGGGUAAUAUAGAGAAGUUGAAGAAUGCACCGAGUAUGGUGAAAGAUUUUUGCCAAGAAGUGAAGGCUAUAGUUGAGGAAAUAGGUGAAGUGUUGGAUGACAAAAGAAACGAUGAUGAUGACAAUGAUGAUGACAAUGCUGCUGCAGUGGCUCGGAGUGUAGGAACAAGAGGAAGAGAAGACGAAUCAAAGGACAAAGACGAGGACAAGGACAGCAAUGAGAAGGAGGACGAGGCUGCUGCAGGCAGGGGAAGCAGCGCACAGAAAGGAAAAAAGAAAAAAGAAGAAAGAGAAAAAGACAAGAAAUCCAAAAAGGAUAAAAAGGAUGCAAAGAAAAAGGAAAAGGAGGACUACCACAAACAAUUGAAAAUGGAGACAGUUGGGUUGGCUGACAUAGACAAGCUCUUCACAGAUCUGGGUACUUCCUUGAAUAAGUUUGUUGCAACGCGAGAUAAGAUGCAACAGGCUAGAGAAUCCUUCGAAAAAACUAUCAAAACAAUAUGCAACUUUGAUGGCGAGAAGGAAUUCAAAGCUUACAUCAAGGAGUUAAAAGAAAAAGCUAAAGAAGGCAAGAUGCAGAUCUACAUUGACACAAGGGAUGGAGAAAUCAAGUUGGAUUCAGUUAAGGGUGUCGACCCUCCAGCACCCUACAGAAACGCAGUUAAAGCGUUAAAUGACAUCAAAGCAAGUGGCAAAGAAACGUUGGACUUGGAGCCUGUUGUAGAACGCGGGGUCGAGUCGUGUGCGAGUGAUAUCACAAAGAUUGAGCCGCUGAAAGAUUUCAAGAAAUUGGUUAGCGGUGUCAAGGAAACCAUGGCACUGCCAAAGAAAGUCAAGGCUUUCAACGAGAAUAGAAAGAAAGUCCAACAAGCGCCUCAAAUCGUGAAAGAACUUUGUUUGUAUGUCAAACAAAUUCUUGGAGAUAUUGUGAAUGCUUUUAAAGACGACGAAACUAAGGAAAAGACAGAGGAAACUGAAGAAAAAGACGACGAUGAAAAGGAAGAGAAAAAUGCAGGGAAAGAUGACAAGAAACAGGAAACUGUUGAAGCUGCCGUACACGCUUCGGGAAKGGCUCCGAAGACGGAGAACAUCGAGAACAUCGAGAGUAAUAGCAAUACAGUUAUUUGCUGAACUUGAAGAGGAGCCGGUAUAGAGAGAACUCAGUGUUGUUAGAGCGAAUAAGAAGAUUCUGCUAGGACUAAAACUAUGUUGCUUUUGCUAUUGCUUCUGUGGAAAAUUAUUCGUGUUAAUGUCAGUAGUUUUCACUGAUUGAGGCUAUUACUGUUGCAAAACUUUAAUUGAAAAACAAUCUGAAAAUAGGAUUUUUUUCUCGGCGCCCGUUUUACUUUUAUAAUAAAUUUUACGAAAUCAAAGCAUA